GACUCUUAUGCCGGUGAUGUAAAGUUGGUUCGAUUCGAAGCACUGCCGCGUCUAGAGCUGCCGCUGCAGAUACAACAAGAUGGCAUCGAUCGACGAGCAACUCCGCAAACGCGGAUGGUUUCUUCUGAAAGAAGCGAUUGCAGAUUUGACUGAUGGCGUAGAAAACUGCUCGGCAGACGACGUCAUCCGCAGAGCUCUUCACACGGAUUUGUGUGAGAUGGGUUCUGGAUGCAUCCCGGAAGAUUUGGCUCGUAAUUUCCGCAACGUGGAAAAAGUGUCCGGUCCAGCGGUCUGGCAAAUACAACGCAUUCGCAACACAGCAGCGCCAAAAGCUGAUCCUGACAACGAUCAUGGGAAUAAAUUCUUGAGGCUACAUCUGACAGAUGGGGUUACGUCGUUUUCUGCCGUUUUGGGGGGCAAGUGCGGGCUCAGUGUACAGGAUACGCCUCCAGGCACCAAGCUGCUGCUGAACCCACAGUCAGUGCCCGUCUGCAACGGAUUCGUUCUUCUCUCUGAAAGGGAUUUUAAAAUUUUGGGUGGUACCGUGCAGCACUUGGUGGAUAAGUGGAAACUGGCAAAAGACCUAUCGCAGCAUAAACGAACAUCGGGAGAAGCCGGGCCGCCGCCCUGGGUGCCCUUUGGGGGCCAAAUAGAUAAAGAUCUUCUCAAGCAAUUAAGAACGGGCGGGCCCUUCAAAGCUAUGGACAGGGCCGGUGCAUCAAAAGGAGCUCCAAAUGAAGCAUUUGAACGACAUCGUACUUCUACGAUCGAAGAGGCAACGACUCAAGGCGGAGGUAAACGCAAGGUCUUCGGUGGAGGCGCUCGUGAAAUGCACGAUAACGAUAUAGCAAUUAUAUGUGAGCGGGGCUACUCGACUGAAACAGCUAGCUCCGCUUUGAGAAACAACAAUUACAACGUUGCUGCUGCGCUGAAGUCAUUGUCCCUUCGGGGUGAACGAGGCAAUCGAGACAGGCCACCCCGUGGGGGUAUAGAUGGAGGACGAGAGGGCAACCGAUUGAUGGAGGGCACUCGGGACGACAGUGGAGACCAUCGGGGAGACCACGGCAUGAAAGGAAUACGGAAAGGGCUUCGUGGACGCGAGGACCGCGACACGGCGGGAGGUCCAAAAAGCGGCGGCGGCAGCAUCAAUUCGAGUGGCUCCGAGCCGUUAAUUAGCUGUAAGGCGCAGUCAUCUGCUCCUACUACAUUGUUCGACAUGAUCUCAACGCAAGUCAAUUUACCCGAACAACAGCAGCAGCUGCACACACAAAUACGCGCUCGUGGUGGUGACGAUAAUCGUACGCCGCACAAUAGCUCACAUCAACAGCAUGGGCACAACGGAUUUGCACCAUUUAGUGACCAAUAUUCAAACUAUGAAAAUAAUGGGGCACAGCGCGGAAAUCGUACCUGGUUUCAGGGGAACACCGGGGUAACCAACUUACAUUCUAGCGCACAAGGCAAUUUCCGUGGACAAGAUGGACCCAGGGGAGGAAUAGGCAACAGGGGUGAAAGACAGUCGCUCAGUCGAGGCACGGCGAGAGAAGACCUAAAUCGCCGCUUUUCUGAGCGCUCUUACGAUCAUCGCAAUCGAGAUAGUCGCGAAAGCCAAGGUUAUCGAGACGGAACGUACCGUCGUUCCGGUCACGACAAUACUGUUGCCUCUAGUAAUCGGGGGACACAACGUGGACAGCAGCGUACUGAUAAUAAUUAUGUAGCCGAAUUUCCGACAUUACCAAACCAGUCAGGUUCGAAUUUAUCUCGUCUUGCCGAAGGGCAAGAAGUCGGACGAGCUUCACCAAUAGCGACGACGACAACGGUAGACAAUCAAGGACCCCAAACACGAAACGUGUCAGGAAGUCACGGUUCUAGCGGAAGUGGCCCUUAUCAGGCAGACCGGAAUGCUACUACAGCUACUGGAGGCCCUCUCCGUUCAGUGCGAAACUGCGGCGGUGGAACCGCUGUCCAAUAUCAUCACAGCACUCAUAAGUUGAAAACGGGACAACGCGUGUACGCAAAAUAUUGGGAAGAUGAGAGCAUGUACCGAGCUGUCGUGCACGAAAUGGCUGCAAGCGGACGAACGUGCGUGGUGUAUUUUGUCGAGUAUGGCAACUAUGAGGAGGUAUUGGUACAAGAUAUUGAACCUACAUUCUGGGAGGAAGAAAGAGAUUCUAGUUCUCAGCAACUGGAUCAACGCGGAGGCCCUGGCGGAGGAACGUACAGCACAGGAACAGGAAAUGCAAAAGAUCGCAACAAGACUACUGCGACUAGUUUUCGGGAUGGUGGGGGUCACAGGGAUUAUCGUGGGGGUUAUAGCGGCAGCGGUAGCAACCGUAGAACAGGUGGUGGCCAUCGAGGCGGCUAUCGAGGAGGAGGCGCCUACAGGGCUGUGCCUAGAAGACAGCAGAUGCACUAAUGAUAUGUCAGACGUCAUGUAUCUUAGCUAUGUUCAUUGCUAUCACGCAGUGCACCCACCACCUUGAUUUUAAUCGCUAUACGGAAAAGGCAUGCCAGUAGUUUCGUCGAGGACACUAAUAGCAGGCCAUUCCAUUAACCGGUGAAACAUGAAUAGCGUAGUCAUACAUAGUUGGCGUGACAAAUAGUUUCACUCACAAAGAAAAGACACAACCUGCUCCGCUCUGAUCUAGCGAACUGUUUUACGGAACGGUCACAUCGAAAAUACUUACACACCUGCCAGGCGUUAAAUGAGGAGGCAUCCUUUAACAAAAUUUGAUGUCUCAAAUAUGGACCUUGGAUACACGUACUCGAGAUGGUCUGUCUCAGGAAAACACCUGCAUAAAAAAUAUUCUUGUUUUUGAAAGAACCAUUGCAGUUAAAAUUGGCAUCGCCAAAGGAAUGUUUGUAGCUUUUCAGAUGGAUUCUUUCGAGUUUGUCUUCCAAAUAAGUCCCAAUACGAAUAUACCUCUAUGCCAAACUUUUGAAUAUAAUAAAAAUAACGAAACAAGUGAGCAGAUAAAAACGUUGCUUCUAUUUGUUGGCCUCAUUUCGGUUUUUUAGAUUCGAAAUUACUUAGAACAGUUUCAGAAUAACUUCUGAAAUGCCGAUUUAAAUUAACGCGGCUUAGUUAACGGUUUUUGGGAUAAGGUUUCUUGUAAUCGUUUUCAAAAACUACACAAUUUGAAACAUAUCCAGAGAUUGUACGUAGAUUAUUAAUUGAAGCUGGCGCAGCUUUUUGCUAAAUUAAGUAAAUCACCAUAAUUGACCGUACCGACGAAAAUAGCGAAAUCAAGCCCCGCAAGCGGUGUCGCCUCUUUGUUGGAACAUUACAUCCUUUGGCUGUUUCAUUAUCAGAACUCUUCUUCCAGUUGUUAUUACUUCAUAUGGGAGACAAGCCCAGCACAAUAUUAAAAAAUCGAAAUGAGAGCGAGGAUUGUUUUUGGUUCCAGCUUGUACCUGCGGCCUAUUUGGCCGUCCAAAUGCACACAUAACAAAUUAUGAAAGAACGAAAGUUUAAGCUCCUCUACUCAAUGUAUUAGAAGUAGCCUGGCGGCUCAAUUUAAGGCAACAUUACCAGGCAAAAUAUGUCGAUCCGCCAGUCUUUAUAUAAACACACAAUUAUGUGCGUGGUAUAGUACUAGUGGUUAUCCAGAUGUAGUCCUCUGGAUGAAGUGUAAGUGCAAAGGAUGAGACUAAAGAAAAAACCGAAUGACUUGAUUGUGAAAGGAGAGAAUAACUGAAAACUUAUUUUCCAGUUGCUUUAAAUAGGUCUUAGGGAUAAAGCGUAAGCAAAAAAUAGCAACUAACAUUUAUUUAUCAGGUUAUUCAGCAUUUUUGCUUAUUUAGCUUACUUAGCAAACUCGUGUUUGCUGCAUCGUUUGUUCACAUUGCAUACUAAGGAUUAUACCAUUUUUGCAGUGAUAUCAAUAAAUAAAACUAUUUGUUCACCUAACGAGGAGUUGCGUUUCACUUAUGAGAGUGGCAUCCUAGAAUAAGGAUCUGUAUAGUUAUAGACUACGUAUUUUUAAUGAGCUUCGAAUUUUUCAGUGGCAGCUGAUCAUAAACGCAAUGACAGGAAAGAAAGCCUCCCCGUACCUUUAAAGGCUGCUCAUAUUUUAUCUUGCUAACAGGAUCGUCAUUCACAUAUCAAAGGAAUUUACCAUAACUGCAUUGCUGGCUCAAGUGACUCGAUCUCAGCCAUGGAAUAUGGUCUAUGAUUGUGUUUGGAGUUUUUCAGACGCGGGCGAGGGCAAACGACUGCACAUGCGAAUGGCAUAGAGUGUGUAGUCAUAAAAAGUUUACAAAGUGUACCAAAAUAUUAGACCAAAGCGUAAAAUUGCUUUAGAAAAAAUAAUCGAAUAAAGGGGGGCAAACGGCCGCAACUGGUGUUGAAUACAAGUCGGAUGAUAUGGCUAAUCAAAAACAAAACUCAUAGGCCCAUCUUGUUCUCAUUUAAUGAAGUAGAAAUACAGAUCAAUGAGUUCAUCUGCCGUCUAAGCGUUAUGGUAAAAAAAGAUAUGGUAUGGGAAGGCCCCAAAUCAAUCAAGUAGCUUAAAAAGUAGCGAAGCUGAAAAAAAUUGCCUGCAAAGGUCCUGCCAAGAGCAUAAAAGGUUGCGUAGGGAAGACAGAGGCUCUUACUGACGAUAUGUGAUUAAUGCAGAGACCGCCUGAUGAGACUAAAGAAAAACAAAGCGAAUUUCUUGACCCUAAAAAGGCUCCUGUCGAUAAGAACCGCCAUUCCAUAUGAUACCUUGGAGACGUAUGCCGUAAGCGCCCUGACAGAGCUCAUAUAUAUCAAAUAAAACCAAGUAGAACAACAGACCAGCACAAGGACUAAAUAAUAAAGACAUAUAAUAAUUUCAUUUGUUAACCAAUGUUGCAUGUGCCUAACUAAAUUAAAUCCGGAGAAUUUCUGACUCUAAGUCCUCGAAGCUACCGGCUGCGCCAACCCCUAAAAACAAAGACAAAGAACGAUGAGAGAAUAGAAGCAAGUACCUUACCAGAAUACUUCUGGAAAGGUAGAGU